AUGUACUUUGCAGUGGGGAGAACGACGUCCAGCGAGGUGUGGCAGUCGAUCACGGCGGCUCUUGGUUCGUCUACCCGAGCGCGCUGUUUGAACCUCCUAGGACAGUUUCAGAACAUUCGCCAAGGGAACAGCACGCCGGCGGAAUUCCUCGGCCGUGCUCAGCUUCUUGUCGAAGCACUUGCGCUCGCCGGCCGGCCUCUCUCCUUGGACGAGCAGAACAUGUAUGUGUUCAGGGGGCUACGUCCAGAAUUCCGAGCCCUCGCUGCUUCGCUCACCGUCACCGGCACACCCGUUUCCCUGCCGCAACUCUCUGAUUAUCUCCAAGCGCAAGAAUUCAUUCUUGCGGAUGAUUUUCCGGCGCCCGGUGACAACAUUGCGCCCACUGCUAUGUAUGCGGGGCGUGGGCAGAAUAGAAACCAGCAGAAUGGCGGCCGUGGUGGCUCUGGACGGGGACGCCAUGGUCGCGGGCGAAAUGGCGGAGGUUCUGGCCGGGGUGGCUCUGGUCGCGGCGGUGUACCCCGUUGCCAGAUUUGUCGCUCACAAGGCCAUACGGCGGUGUACUGCUUCAAGAGGUACACAACACAGCCACCGGUGAAUGUUGCGUUGGCAGGUGAUGAAACCGCUUCCUCAGCAGCUUCUGCGCAAUCUUGGUUCCCAGAUACGGGAGCAUCGGCGCAUGCAACACCAGACGCGUCUAUGGUUCACCAAGCCGAUGAGUAUUCGGGUUCUGAUGUCUUAAGAGUUGGUAAUGGCUCAGGCAGUCAUGUGCCUAUACACAUGAACAAAAUGGCAGAGUUGAACGCCGAAAUCGGCACAUCGUUGAAACUGGACUAG